AGGAGCUGGCUGUGGGAGCCCGCCGUCCCGAGUCGCAGGCCGAGGAGACAUGGCUGCACCCCGCGACGCUGAGAUACAGAAGGACGUGCAGACCUACUACGGGCAGGUGCUGAAGAGAUCGGCAGACCUCCAGACCAACGCCUGUGUCACCACAGCCAGGCCGGUCCCCAAGCACAUCCGGGAAGCCUUGCAAAAUGUACACGAAGAAGUAGCCCUAAGAUAUUAUGGCUGUGGUCUGGUGAUCCCUGAGCAUCUAGAAAACUGCUGGAUUUUGGAUCUGGGUAGUGGAAGUGGCAGAGAUUGCUAUGUACUUAGCCAGCUGGUUGGUGAAAAGGGACAUGUGACUGGAAUAGACAUGACCAAAGGCCAGGUGGAAGUGGCUGAAAAGUAUCUUGACUAUCACAUGGAAAAAUAUGGCUUCCAGGCAUCUAAUGUGACUUUUAUUCAUGGCUACAUUGAGAAGUUGGGAGAGGCCGGAAUCAAGAAUGAGAGCCAUGAUAUUGUUGUAUCAAACUGUGUUAUUAACCUUGUGCCUGAUAAACAACAAGUGCUUCAAGAGGCAUAUCGGGUGCUGAAGCAUGGUGGGGAGUUAUAUUUCAGUGACGUCUAUACGAGCCUUGAACUGCCAGAAGAAAUCAGGACACACAAAGUUUUAUGGGGUGAGUGUCUGGGUGGUGCUUUAUACUGGAAGGAACUUGCUGUCCUUGCUCAAAAAAUUGGGUUCUGCCCUCCACGUUUGGUCACUGCCAAUCUCAUUACAAUUCAAAACAAGGAACUGGAAAGAGUUAUUGGUGACUGUCGUUUUGUUUCUGCAACAUUUCGCCUCUUCAAACACUCUAAGACAGGACCAACCAAGAGAUGCCAAGUUAUUUACAAUGGAGGAAUUACAGGACAUGAAAAAGAACUAAUGUUUGAUGCCAAUUUUACAUUUAAGGAAGGUGAAAUUGUUGAAGUGGAUGUAGAAACAGCAGCUAUCUUGAAGAAUUCAAGAUUUGCUCAAGAUUUUCUGAUCAGACCAAUUGGAGAGAAGUUGCCAGCAUCUGGAGGCUGUUCUGCUUUGGAGUUAAAGGAUAUAAUCACAGAUCCAUUUAAGCUUGCAGAAGAGUCUGACAGUAUGACAUCCAGAUGUGUCCCUGAUGCUGCUGGAGGCUGCUGUGGCACAAAGAAAAGCUGCUAAAUCUAUAGCCAACCAGAUUUCAGAAGAGAUCCCUAGAGGCAGGUGUUGACCUUGCCCUCCAUUUAAACAAACGGACAGGCUGGGAAGCCCCUGGAAGUCACCAUAAGCCUGCUCUAUAGCAGGUCGUCACUAAAGAGAGGGUAAUGGCCGGGCAUGGUGGUUCACGCCUGUAAUCCCAGCACUUUGGGAAGCAGAGGCAGGCGGAUCACCUGAGGUCAGGAGUUAGAGACCAGCCUGCCCAACAUGGCAAAACCCCGUCUCUACUAAAAGUACAAAAAAUUAGCCGGGCGUGGUGGCAGGUGCCUGUAAUCUCAGCUACUUGGGAGGCUGAGGCAGGAGAAUUGCUUGAACCUGGGAGGCAGAGCUUGCAGUGAGCUGAGAUCAUGCCACUGCACUGCACUUUAGCCUGGGCGACAAGAGCGAAACUCCUUCUCAAAAAAAAAAAAAAAAGAGAGAGAGAAACUACUGAAGCCAAAAAGCCUCCAAACUUGAAGAUUCCUUUUGCUAAGGAACAAUUACUUGGCUUAGGCAUCUAGAUUGCUCUGUGUGUCUUGAGUAUACAUGAAGAGUAUAAUCCCCUACCAACCACCCAGGAUCAUUCAGCAACC